AUGCGACAGCGCUUUCACGCACCCCCAACCAUGAUCACAAGACGCUUAUUACGGCCCGCCGGCCAGAUCGCCUCGUCACAAUGGACCUGCUCAGCAUGUCGCGCGAGAGCCCCCCUCCUCCAAACCGUCCAACGAUCCCAAACCCGUCCCAUAUCCUCACAGUACGAACCCGUAACUCACGGCGUACCGAUACUACAUCACGAUAAAUUCUUCGCGGAGAAGGGUAUCCCUGGGCUAUUUUCACCAAAAGGAUACGAUGUCGCCUGGACGCAAUACCAGGAAGUGCUCCUCUCCAAACUCCGCGAACUUACAAGUGGUACCCCAGACGCCCACGCCGAGGUGAAAGAUCUCGUCAUCAGAUACGCCCGCGAUCCCAUGAACGCCUCGCUGUUCAACCACGCCUCUGCCGCCUUCAACAACCAUUUCUUCUUCCAGACGCUCUCCACCCACCCCGUGCUGUUGGAAAAGCAGCCCCAGCUUCAGGACUCCCUCAUCAACACAUUCGGCAGCAUCGAGACUUUGCGGGCAACCAUGCUGGACACUGCCGCCGCCAUGUUCGGCCCAGGCUAUGUCUGGCUCGUAUGGGCGCGACAAGUCGACAAGGCACCGAUGAGGGCCCGCAACGGCGCCUGGCGCAUUCUCACGACGUACCUCUCCGGCACACCCUUUCCCGAGGCUGGUUACCGCCAGCAAGGCGUUGAUAUGAACAAUCAGAACCCCAACUCAUACCAAGGCUACCUCGCCCAGCAAUCCCAGUUACCGAACAACACCGCAGGGGCCUUUGGCGCACACUCGGGCAUCGGGAGGAAAGAGGCGACCAUUCCUCCGGGAGGUGUCAGUCUCGCUCCGGUGCUCUGCGUGAGCACGUGGGAACAUACGUGGAUGGCCGACUUUGGCAUCGCGGGCAAGAGGAAGUAUCUGAACCAAUGGUGGGACGUGGUGGAUUGGAACGCAGUCGCAAAUUUUGCACCAACAGAGGCCACAGCUUCGCAUAUGUUCCAGCUGAGAUCGUAA